GAUGCAGUUUAUUACAACUGUUAGGCUCGCUAAGAACAUAUGUGCAGCACUGGACUUUGGCUUUUCUUUUCUUUUAAACAAGCAAGCAAAUAUUAACACAUUCCGGGGGGGGGGGCAGAGUGGUCAUUCCGCCCACCCACGCACCCGCCCACCCACUGCCAGUGGAGAAAGAAUUUUCACUUUUGUGCUAAGGAAUGGAAUGAUGGCCUUCGUCUUGGUGGAUACUUUUGGAAUGGGAGUUCAAACUGGACAAGUCUCGGUAACUUUCUUGUGGUGACAGAUGAGACAUGAGAUCGUCGGCCUCCAGGCUCUCGAGCUUCUCCUCAAGGGAUUCAUUAUGGAAUCGGAUCAUGCCGGACCAGAUCACUGUGUCGGAGUUUAUUUCUGAGACCACAGAGGAUUACAACUCUCCAACCACGUCCAGCUUUACUACCCGGCUACAGAACUGCAGGAAUACCGUCACACUGCUAGAAGAGGCGUUAGAUCAGGACAGAACGGCACUACAGAAAGUGAAAAAAUCUGUUAAAGCGAUAUAUAAUUCUGGGCAAGAACAUGUUCAAAAUGAAGAGAACUAUGCACAAGUACUAGAUAAAUUUGGAAGUAACUUCUUAAGUAGGGAUAAUCCAGAUCUGGGAACAGCCUUUGUAAAAUUUUCCACUCUGACUAAAGAAUUGUCAACGCUGCUGAAAAAUCUGCUCCAAGGGUUGAGCCACAAUGUCAUCUUUACAUUAGAUUCCCUUUUAAAAGGAGAUUUGAAAGGAGUUAAAGGGGAUCUUAAAAAGCCUUUUGACAAAGCCUGGAAGGAUUAUGAGACCAAAUUUACUAAAAUUGAAAAGGAGAAAAGAGAACAUGCAAAACAACAUGGGAUGAUUCGAACAGAGAUUACAGGGGCAGAGAUAGCAGAAGAAAUGGAAAAAGAAAGGCGCCUAUUUCAGCUCCAAAUGUGUGAAUAUCUCAUUAAAGUUAAUGAAAUUAAAACAAAAAAAGGUGUGGACCUUCUGCAGAACCUUAUUAAAUAUUAUCAUGCACAGUGCAAUUUCUUCCAAGAUGGCUUGAAAACAGCUGACAAACUAAAACAAUAUAUUGAAAAACUGGCUGCUGAUUUAUAUAAUAUAAAGCAAACACAAGAUGAAGAAAAGAAGCAGCUCACUGCACUCAGAGACUUGAUAAAAUCCUCGCUACAGCUUGAUCAGAAGGAGGAUUCCCAGAGCAGGCAAGGAGGCUAUAGCAUGCACCAGCUUCAGGGAAAUAAGGAAUAUGGCAGUGAGAAGAAGGGUUAUCUUUUAAAGAAGAGUGAUGGGCUAAGGAAAGUUUGGCAAAGGAGAAAAUGCACUGUCAAAAAUGGUAUUCUGACAAUAUCACAUGCAACUUCAAACAGGCAGCCUGCUAAACUGAAUUUACUGACUUGCCAGGUGAAACCAAAUGCUGAAGACAAGAAGUCAUUUGACCUAAUAUCACAUAACAGAACAUACCACUUUCAAGCAGAGGACGAGCAAGACUACGUAGCAUGGAUAUCUGUAUUGACCAACAGCAAAGAAGAAGCUUUAAAUAUGGCAUUCCGUGGAGAACAAAGUGCAGGGGAAAAUAGUUUAGAGGAUCUUACAAAAGCCAUUAUUGAUGACAUACAGAGAUUACCGGGAAACGACGUCUGCUGUGAUUGUGGUUCCCCAGAUCCAACAUGGCUUUCGACUAACCUGGGCAUUUUAACCUGUAUAGAGUGUUCUGGAAUACACAGAGAAAUGGGUGUUCAUAUUUCUCGAAUCCAAUCUUUAGAGCUAGACAAAUUAGGAACUUCUGAACUCUUGCUGGCCAAGAAUAUAGGAAACAAUAGUUUUAAUGACAUUAUGGAGGGCAAUUUACCAAUUCCUUCUCCAAAACCUACUCCAUCAAGUGAUAUGACUGCACGUAAAGAAUUUAUUACUGCUAAGUAUGUAGAUCAUAAGUACUCCAGAAAGACCUGUGCAUCUGCAGCAGCUAAACUGAAUGAACUACUUGAGGCUAUUAAAUCCAGGGAUUUACUUGCACUAAUACAAGUCUAUGCAGAAGGGGUGGAGCUAAUGGAGCCACUGCUGGAGCCUGGACAGGAGCCAGGUGAAACUGCCCUUCAUGUAGCUGUCCGGUCAGCUGACCAAACCUCACUCCAUCUGGUUGACUUUCUUGUUCAAAACUGUGGUAACCUGGAUAAACAGACUGCGUUGGGAAAUACAGUUCUGCACUACUGCAGUAUAUAUAAUAAACCUGAAUGUUUGAAACUGCUUUUGAAGGGCAAGCCAACUAUUGAUAUAGUAAACCAAACUGGAGAGACAGCUCUGGAUGCAGCGAAAAGACUGAAAGCUACCCAGUGUGAAGACUUGCUUUCUCAGGCCAAAGCCGGAAAGCUAAACCCACAUGUACAUGUAGAGUAUGAGUGGAACCUUCGGCAGGAAGAAAUUGAUGAAAGUGAUGAUGACUUGGAUGACAAGCCUAGUCCGGUAAAGAAAGAACGCUCUCCACGACCCCAGAGCUUUUGCCAUUCUUCUAGUAUUUCCCCCCAAGACAAGCUUGCUCUUCCCGGCCUCAGCACUCCGAGAGACAAACAGAGACUUUCCUAUGGAGCUUUUCCCAAUCAGAUCUUUGUCUCUGCAAGCAUAGACUCGGCCACUUCUCCCACUGCAGCAGAUGCCCCCCCGCUGCCUCCCAGAAAUGCUGGCAAAGGUCCGUCUGGCCCACCUUCAACCCUCCCUUUAGGCACUCAAACCACUAGCGGCAGCUCCACUCUGUCUAAGAAGAGGCCCCCUCCCCCACCCCCUGGACACAAAAGAACCCUCUCUGACCCACCAAGCCCACUACCUCAUGGACCCCAGAAUAAGGGCCAAAUUCCUUGGGGUAAUGAUUUGGGUCCACCAGCAACUAAGGCUGCAAACAAGUUUGAAGGCAUGUCUCAACAGUCAGGCACCGGUACUGCUAAGACUGCACUGGGUCCAAGAGUUCUUCCGAAACUACCUCAGAAAGUGGCACUUAGAAAAAUAGAAACCGUUCAUCUUCCUUCGAUCGAUAAGUCUACUCAUCUGGAAAUCUUCCAGAAGUCAGCCUCCCUUUCUAUUGAUCUGCCACAGAAACCCCAACCUGGAGAUUUGCCCCCAAAGCCACAGCCUCUGGAACUUCCACAGAAACCUCAGAUUGGAGAUUUACCCCCCAAACCUGGAGAACUACCCCCAAAACCUCAGCUGGGAGAUUUGCCACCCAAACCGCAGUUAGCAGACUUGCCUCCCAAGCCCCAAGUGAAGGACCUUCCUCCAAAGCCUCAGCUGGGAGAUGCUUUGGCUAAGACUCCCGGCGGAGAAGUAUCGCCGAAGCCUCAGCCCUUGGAGGUCAAUCAGAAAUCUCACUCUGUGGAUCUUUCUCCAAAGGUACAAUCUAGAGAGACCAUCCAAAAGCAAGCAUCAGAAGACUCCAAUGAUGUAGCACAUGCUUUGCCAGAGACCCCAGUGCCACUCCCUAGGAAGAUAAAUACGGGGAAGAACAAAGUUAGGAGAGUGAAGACAAUCUACGAUUGCCAGGCAGACAAUGACGAUGAGCUUACAUUUGUUGAAGGUGAAGUUAUUAUUGUUACCGGUGAAGAGGACCAAGAGUGGUGGAUUGGUCACAUUGAAGGACAGCCAGAAAGAAAAGGGGUCUUCCCGGUAUCCUUUGUCCACAUUUUGUCCGAUUAAGUCAGAUUGGAAACUUGAGCAUUGCACAUCUUUCCUGUAAGACGGGCUUUUAGCAUGAAGCAAACAGCUGCUGCCUCCCUGUAAUUCUGUGCACAAUUGUGGAUAUAUAUGUAUAUAUAACGGCUGUUACAGAACGAGAACUCAUUUAUGGCUCACCCUAUGAGGUGACUUACCCUUGUAUUGUAAAUAUACGGCGUUACUCCGCCUUUGCCAGUAUUAUGGUAGCCUUGGGUCCUGGCACGCCUUCUUGGGUCUGCUCAAGCCAUCCUCGGCAUCAAGCACUUACAUCUCUUUGUCUGUGUGUAUGGACUUCCAGCUCCUUAAAUGUGUUUGGUCUCAUUCAGUUGUUUAACUGUACAGAAAUGACCAUUGCUAAUAAAUCAGUAUUCUUAAACUAGGUAACUAGCAGAGAUUAGGAUUCAGUUUUCAAAAUGAACUGCUUUGGCUCAUUUACAGCCCAGUUUACAGCUACAAAUGUACACAAUUUACAGCUUGUGAAAUCCACUUCCUUGGUAUUUGUUAUAAGUGUUCAAUGUAUGCAUCAAGCAAAAGAAAUAUUCACUCACGCUACAGAUAAACCAAUAGUAUUUUAUGGUGUGUGAACAGCAUUUCAUGUUUGUAUUACAUAGUUGCAGUUUCUCCCUAUGAUUUUUACCUCACAACACCAUCUGUGUUUAAUUAAAACAAAGAAAUAUAUCUAAUGAAGGAGAGCAUACGGAACUUCUGUCUGGAGAUUUCUUUUCACUGAACCAGGAACGUGCAAGAAAAAGAGUCUGUUUAUGAAUUCAGAUACUUGCAGCCUGCGUUCGUGCAGGAAUGUUACGUUAACCCAUAACAUCAAAGCCGUACAACUCUGGUAUUGGCUUGGUUGCUACCCAGGUUUAAAGAUGAGCUUAUGUAUUUGUUUCUAACUAAUUGGCUUGCCUAGACAAUAAUUUUGCUGUGGGGGAUUUAAAAGGUUUUUUUCUUCCCCAAUAGUCUUCAACUCAUUGGAGAAUAUUAAGUUAUGAUGUUCACUUAGCAUAAUUGUCUGGGGAAACUGAAACAGUUAAAUGGUUUUGAAAAUGAGGGUGAAAUAUAACCUUUCCUGCAAACUGUCAGCUGUUAAUUAGAGAAACCAGAGAACAGUAAAUCAUUGGGGAGUUAUAUUUUCUUUAUUGAAUUCUAAUUAUGGUUCAGGGCUGAACUCUGAGCAUCCGCCAACAAUCACGGAACCACAAAAUUGAUAACUUUGAAAAGAUGCCUUUUGACCUGUGGUCGCUUCCGAGUUAUAAAAUUGCAUUACUUGCUGCUUAAACCCUUUCUUUAGCCUAAUCAAGACUAUUAACGUAUUAAGGUAUUCGUUUCUGGUAGCCGUGUCCGUUAUUUAUUGUUGUUUAGUCUGAUUUUUGAUCAUAACCCAAGCAGAAUGUUGUCUUUUGGCUUAUGAUCAUCCAUGCGUCCUGCUAGGUUCCCCUGGCAUAUAAUAUUGCUUAGUGGCAAUAUUACUUUGGCAACAGUCCUUUUUUUUUUUAGUUUAAAAUGAAUUCUGUCUGUGAUUCCAUGUCUUAAGUGUUUCCUGUCACUAAAGCACAAGUUCAGAUUAAUCUCUCUGAGGCUUUCGCUUUUGACAUUCUACAAACCUGCACCCAGUGAAUAUUUAUUUUUAUUUAAAUGGUUAACAUGCAAAACAUAAUCAAUUUAAGAAACUGUGCAUGAAGAAUAGCAAAAUAUUUAUCGGCUAUUAUUGGAAAGUGGUUUUUAAACAAUUGCUUCUUCCAUGUCAUGACACAUUUUGUUCAAAUCGUUAAGCGUGCAAAUGACGGAACGAGCCGACUGGCAGCAUCACCUCUGCAGUGUUACCGGAGUCCGUGUUGUCCGACUCGUGCUGUUGAUAUGAAAGCCAGAACUCAAAUGACUGAACAUUCCAUGUUACUCAUUAAUGCCAUAUGCUUCAGAUGCAUUAAAAGUACAAAACUGA